UGAACAACCAGGACGGGUUGCAUCCGAGCAAUCGCUGCCAUUCGCAGACGGAGUUUACAGCCUUUGCGCCGCUUUUUCUUUCGAUCUUUUUCCGCCGCACCCCCUCCCUCUCCCGGUGCUGCCCAGCCAGUCGACCAUGGUUUCUAUAAUUUCAGACCUGGACCCUCUGAAAAGCUGGAACGUGUUAAGGCAGGACGCCAGUGACCUCUCUGGACCGAUACAAAGUAACGGCACGGCCGGGAAGAUGAACGGGGCGCUGGAGCAUUCGGACCAGCCGGACCCGGACGCCAUCAAGAUGUUUGUGGGCCAGAUCCCGCGCUCCUGGUCAGAGAAGGAGCUGAAGGAGCUGUUUGAGCCGUACGGCGCCGUCUACCAGAUCAACAUACUCCGAGACCGCAGCCAGAACCCUCCACAGAGCAAAGGCUGCUGUUUUGUCACGUUUUACACAAGGAAAGCUGCCCUUGAAGCCCAGAAUGCACUGCAUAACAUAAAGACCUUAACAGGGAUGCACCACCCGAUUCAGAUGAAACCUGCAGACAGUGAGAAAUCUAACGCGGUGGAAGACAGGAAGCUGUUCAUCGGCAUGGUGUCGAAGAAGUGCAACGAGAACGACAUCCGGGUCAUGUUCUCUGCGUUCGGACAGAUCGAGGAGUGCCGGAUCCUCAGAGGGCCCGAUGGACUGAGCAGAGGAUGUGCGUUUGUCACGUUUUCCACCAGAGCUAUGGCACAGAAUGCAAUCAAAGCCAUGCACCAGUCUCAGACUAUGGAGGGCUGCUCGUCUCCCAUCGUGGUGAAGUUCGCCGACACGCAGAAGGACAAGGAGCAGCGGCGUCUGCAGCAGCAGCUGGCGCAGCAGAUGCAGCAGCUCAACAGUGCGACCACCUGGGGGAGCCUGACAGGCCUGGGCGGCCUCACCCCGCAGUAUCUGGCUUUGCUUCAGCAGGCGACCUCCUCCGGUAACCUCGGAGCCUUCAGCGGGAUCCAGCAGAUGGCCGGUAUGAGUGCUCUGCAGUUGCAGAACCUGGCCACUUUAGCGGCGGCGGCGGCGGCGGCCCAAAACUCAGCCAGUCCCUCCACCGCAAACCCCCUGUCCUCCAACGCCGCCUCCCUGGGAGCGUUGGCCAGCCCAGCAGCGGGCACCACAGCCAGCUCCAACGCCGGUGCCAUGAACUCUCUGACCUCUCUGGGCACCCUGCAGGGCCUGGCAGGCGCAACUGUGGGCCUGAACAACAUAAAUGCACUAGCAGGUAGCAUCAACAGUAUGGCGGCUCUAAACGGAGGCCUGGGCGGCGCAGGGCUUACCAACGGGACGGCGGGCACCAUGGACGCGCUGACGCAGGCUUACUCAGGGAUCCAGCAGUACGCCGCCGCAGCGCUGCCCACCCUCUACAGCCAGUCCCUGCUGCAGCAGCAAGGGGCUGCUGGCAGCCAGAAAGAGGGUCCCGAAGGUGCCAACCUGUUCAUCUACCACCUGCCCCAGGAGUUUGGAGACCAGGACAUACUCCAGAUGUUCAUGCCUUUCGGAAACGUGGUCUCUGCCAAAGUCUUCAUCGACAAACAGACAAACCUUAGCAAGUGCUUCGGCUUCGUCAGCUACGACAAUCCAGUGUCGGCACAGGCAGCCAUCCAGGCCAUGAACGGCUUCCAGAUCGGCAUGAAGCGGCUGAAGGUGCAGCUGAAGCGCUCCAAGAACGACAGCAAACCGUACUGAUCUUAGCACUAGGGUCUAUCUGCUCCCCAUGUUAGCACUGCUAGGAACAAACCAUCUCCAUGCCUGUUAGCUCAUCGUUUGCCUAGCAUGUCUCCGUGGCGCCCCCCCCC